AUUAACUCCGUUUUGGUUGUUGUUGUUGGUUAUAUUUUUGCUCCUCCUACUCAUCUUCGUUCACCUUCUCUUUCUUCAUGUUUUUUUCCUUCUUUUGAUGAGUGCCAUCGUUAUAUUUUCUCCUUUGGGGGUCUUUGUUUGGUCUGAUCUUCCAUAACUAUGGCCGACAGUUCUCAUUUAUGUCAUUUAAAUGUAACUUGGGAAGGGUUUAAAUUCAGCAGUCAUUUUUAAAAAAAAAAAGCAUAUGUUUGAAAAGUAUAUUAAAUUGACGAGUACGGCAAGGAUUAGAAAUAUACCUGAAUUUUGCAUUUCUAUUAUUUCUUAUUCCCAAGAUUGACUGCUCUUAUGAAAUUGUAGACGUGCACAGAAGGAAAAGAAUUAAGACCUUUCUAGUUCCUAAUUUAUAUUUCCAAGUCAUUGUUUGGAUAAAUAUUUAUUACAAGAAGGAAAAUAGAGUUGUGUUCAGAUAUAUUUUACGACUGGUGGAUAUUAGAAAAGGGAAACAUGAUCCAUUAUGUUCAGGUCCAUCUUCGUGAGUCCAUUACCUUGAGCAUAUUUUCUACAACAACUUUGAAUGCGAUGGAUGUCAGAAUAGUUAUAAUAUUAUGUGUACGAUGAAUCUUUUAAUUUUCAUCUUGUUUUUGUAAAACUUAGAGAGAUUACAACCGGAGAUAAUAGGGAAAAAGAGAUAUUUUGAGAACUUUGAUACUCUUUUAGAUUUACUCCUCUAGUUCUAUUUAUAAGUUACUUCCAACAUAUUUCAUACAGAUUGAUAAAAACUUUAAACUUCGUUAACUCUCAUUUAAAAAUCAAUAACUUUUUAACUUUGUCCCUAUUUAAUAUACAAUAUACCACAACUGAACAAAGUCAACAUAAUAAUAAAUGAAGGGUAAAAUUAUAUAUUCAGAUAAAAAUCUUCUCUCUCUAUCAUAUAAAUAGGACCAAAAAUUUUCUUCUUUCUCUUCUCCAUCCUAUAAAUAGGAUAAGAGGAGUAUAAUGUUUUCGGGGGCAAAAUGGGAGAAGGGAAGCAAAGUGAAACAGUGAGUUUGAAAAGGACCUUCAAGGCAAGUGGUGCUAUCUAGCUAUACACAAGUUGCUAAGAGUCAACUUGCAUAGAUAGGACGUGUGGGUAGUUCUUCAUUUUGCACUGAAUUGAAAGAGAAUAAGCAGGAAGCUUCGGUGAUAUAUAUAUAUAUAUAUAUAUAUAUAUAUAUUAUCAUCAAUCUUCAACACUAGACUUGGUGCCUCCUAAAAUCCGAAACCUCCAACCUCACUUCUCAUUUUCUUCUAACCUUCCUCAUUCUGCCCGUUUCUCUUCGCCGAGUAGCUGACAGAACAAGACACGUUGCCGUUUCCUCCGUGGUCGACCAUAGCUCAAGCUUCAUGAGAGUUGUUUUCAAAUCCAUGGGAAGCUAAUUUCGUUUUCUUCCUGAAAGAUGACUUGAUGCCUUAGCUUAUGUGAAAAAGAGAGGGAGCACUGCAGCUUGUACUCUACUUUAUUAGUUCAUGAAGAUCUGUUCAGAUUUUGUUGCUCUACUGUAGAUACCUGGAUCUAGCUCCUUCCUUGGGUGUUUGAUAGUCCGUUUGGAACUCGCAUUGCAUAUUCAUGUAUUCAUUUAUUCUGUUUGUGUGAAGGUCUUCUCUAAAUGUGAUUGAUUUUCUCUCUUCAAGAUUGGGAAUUACGUGAUAGCUGAUCAAACCUUGCCGUUUAUAUAUAACAACCCCUUCAAUUAACUUGUUCAUUGAAGUCAAUCGUGCUCGAGAUAAUGAGUUCGUCCGAGAAACUGCGCAGUGAUGCCAUGGGAGGAAAGUGGUCAGAAGUGCUUGAAACAUGCAAGCAAGAGAGGGCGCUUUGGACACACGAGAUAACAGGGACAGGAGACACAGUAUUACACAUGGCUGUGUCUAGUGGGAAAGAGAAGGUGGUGGCAAACAUGGUUAAAUUCUUAGUUGAACAAGAUGAUGUGGAAACGUGGAACAGGAACACCAUUCUUGGUGCUAAAAAUGAUAGAAAAACCACUCCUUUACACUUAGCAGCAAUAGAGGGGUAUGUUAGAAUGUGCAGGAAGAUCGGUGAAGCGGAUCCCUCUUUAAUUGCUCGCCGUAACAUCGCCGGCGAGACACCCCUUUUCCUAGCGGCUCUCAAUGGCCACAAAAUAGCUUUUCUUUGGCUUCAUUAUCUGUAUGUGGGAAGCCAUGGUGUUUCUUCAACUGGCUUUGCUCACUGUAUAAGGGACAACGAAGAUACCAUUCUUCAUUGUGCAGUUGCAGAAGGGCAUGCUGAUGUGGCAAUCGAAAUAGUUCACCUUUAUAAAGAUUAUUUGAACGAGAUGAUGCAGCGCAAUAAAAAAGGGUUGUCUCCACUUCAUCUCCUAGCAUCGAAACGUAGGGCUUUCAAAAGUACUACCCUCCGUGAACUAUCAAUCCUUGCUGGUCCAAUUUAUUGGUUUUGGAAAGUUAAUGAGAAGAAUCAGGCCACGACGCUUGAAGAAUUGCAAGCCAUGAAAGACAAAAAAAAUUAUAAAGGAAAAAGCAUUUUGGUCAAAUUUAUGAGGUGCAUCGGAUUUACCCUCGGGGGGGUCCCCGCGGCAUUCCUGCAGUUAACAUGUUCUGACGCAGUCUUACUUAGAUGGUGCAUGCCGUUUUGUAUACCCAUAAUGAAGAAGAGUCACACAUGGUGGCAUCAAAUAAUGACCGAACUCCUUCACCAUGCUUCCAAAGAAGAUAUGUCACAAAUAAUAUCAAGAACUGUUUCGGAGCAGCUUUCAGUUUCCCUGCAGACAAAAGAAGAUAACGGUAAAAGGAUUUUUGAAAAUUCCAAGAUGUUAAGUAAUAAAGCAUUGUUAUUAUUAUACUUUUCAUAUAUACCACUUGACGUUUCAGGAAUCACAAACCAUUUUUCACGCGCAAUGAUAAAAUAUAUUGGGUAUAUUUUUAUGCCAAAUAAAAUAUCCUGCAAUUAUAAACUAAUUUUGUGAUUUGGACUGUGAAUGGCAUUAUUGGUGGAUAGAGCUGGAGUCAAUGCCAACACCAGCGUCUGGUACAUUAACAAUUGACACACCCCUAAUGAUUGCUACGAAGAAUGGGGCGACAGAAAUGGUGAAGGCAAUUUUUGAAUUGUUUCCAUCAACGAUUAAAGAUGUGAAUGCCGAAGGAAAGAACAUCUUUCUAUUGGCCAUAGAAUAUAGGCAAACAGAUGUAUACUGUUUUUUGUGCAAAUGGAAAUGGCUAAAGGAAAGUCUGUUCAGGCAAGUAGAUAAGGAGGGAAACAAUGCAUGGCACUUGGCAGUGAGUCUCGAAUUUGACCCUAAUCGAGACAUUGGGGAAGCAUUCAACAUGCAAAGCGAACAGCUAAGCUGGCUUCGUUUAGUGAGGAGGUCACUCCCGCAUGAUAUGUCUACAAGAUACAAUAGAAAAAUGGAGACCCCGGGAGACAUCUUAAGAAAGAGUCGCAAGGAACUUAUGAAAAUCCAACAAGAGUGGGUGGCAAAAACCUCACAAGCAUGUUCUGUGGUGUCGACCCUUGUUGUAUCAGCAGCCUUCGCCACACGUACCAAUGUACCAGGUGCUUAUGAUGAGAAGGGCUAUGCAAUCCUUAGAAACAAGCCACAAGCAUUCAAAAUUUUUAAAGAUUCUUCAUUGGUGGCCCUCUUCUGCUCUCUCAUUUCCACAAUCUGCUUCUUGUCUAUAGUUGCUUCUCCUUCUCAUCGAUAUUUUAAUGCUCGUACGUUCGUUCCUUCCCGAUUUUACUGUGCUUUGUACUCCAUGUUCGCCUCCAUUGUUUGUUUGUGGAUCUCUUUCUGUGCCGGUGAUUUCUUCUUGCUCCAUGACAACACUCAAAAAUUGCACAAGGCUCUUCCAACUUAUAUUUUGUUCUCAUCGGUCUUCAUCCUUAUUGUUGGCUCACAGCUCCCCAUAUUCCUUGAUCACAAAUUGUCUCGGCUGGGGCUCACUCCUGCCCCUAGAAUCGCCCCCAUUUCUCCCAUUCAGUACCGAAGAACCGAGAACAAGGAAAACGGACCAGAUCUGAACCACCAAAAUUAAGCCCAUCUCUUGUAUUAUUCAAAGAACACCUACCUUCAUCACUUCCAUUGGAACAGUUUUUGUGUGAUUUGAUGUUUUUAUUUCUUUUCUAUUUCUAACAAUAUGUGUUGGAGGCAUACUCUCGCUCCAUCACGUACUGUAGUUUGAGUUGUAUUUUUUUUCAACCUCACUUAUAUUGCUUCCUCAUUGGUGGCUUGUGGGGUUCUCAUAAUGAUCAUCUUGUCUUGUUCAGAUGUAUGACUUACCCCUAUUGAGUAAUUUGAUUAAUUGGCUCCAUUAAUUAAA